AUGCCGUCCCUCAGCGCUUACAACGCUUCCAUUAUUGCGUUUGCGACAUUUGGUAGUAUCACAUACGGAUACUGUGCAAGCAUCAUUAGUUCAACAUUGGGCCAGCCAACGUUUGUGUCUUAUUUUAAGCUUGGGACUGCCGACAAUGCCUCUGCCUUGGAGGGAGCUAUGAAUGGCCUCUUUCAAGCCGGUGGACUCUUUGGCACUUUGCUAUCAGCUUGGGUAGCUGAUCGAUACGGGCGCUGCAAGGCAAUUUUCAUGUACACUGUCAUCACAAUCAUUGGCGGUGCGCUACAAACUGGAUCUGUUCACAUUGCCAUGUUCUUGGUCGCUCGAUUCAUUACCGGUCUUGGGAUUGGAGGCCUUCUUAUGCUCGUUCCAUUAUGGCAAAGUGAGGUCUCUCCGCCGGGUCAUCGUGGCCUCUUGGUAGGACUGCACGGGGUCAGCAUUCUGAUUGGUUAUGGGUUGUCGACGUGGAUUGGGUAUGGAUUCUUCUUCCUCAAGGGUACUGAGGCCCAAUGGCGAGUUCCACUUGCUAUUCAAAUUGCACCUGCUUCCAUUCUUGGCUGUGGGAUUCUGAUGAUUCCGGAGUCACCUCGGUGGCUGGUGAAAAAUGGUUAUGUCGAAGCUGCGAACGCUGUCCUCCAUCGCAUCCAUAAAGAUGCCAACGAUCCCGACAAUACGUUUGCUCAGGAGGAGUUCAAUCAGAUCCAGUCCCAACUAUCUUAUGAAGCAACGCUACCCUCCUCCUGGAAAUCGAUCGCGACCGUGCCACACUACCGAAAACGCGCUUGGAUUGGUUUCUUGACCAUGUUCGCGGGUCAAUUUACGGGAACGCUAGUGAUAAAUAACUAUGGGCCAACCUUGUAUUCAAGCCUAGGGUAUGGGUCCGCGGAUACACUACUGCUAUCCGCCGGGUGGAUCACAGAGGGGCUGUUCGCCAACAUGCUAAAUGCCUACCUCCUAGAUCGCGUGGGAAGAAAAUGGCUGAUGACGACCGGGCUUGCCGGGUGUGUCUUGGCCCUUGUGGGUGAAUGUAUCUUCCUUGCGCUUUUUCAAGGGACUAACAACAAGGCUGGUAAUUCGGUCGCUGUCUUCUUCCUCUACCUGCACCUGGCGAUCUACGGGUCAUGUAUGGACGCGUCUACUUAUGUAUUUGCUUCCGAAAUUUGGCCCACGCAUCUCCGAGCGAAAGGAUUUGCUCUCUCGUGCUCCGGCCUUUUCCUGGGUUCCCUCAUUCUCCUAGUCUCUGCACCAACGGCUUUCGCCAAUGUUGGGUGGAAAUUCUACCUCGUCAUGGUUAUUGUUUCUUCGAUCAACAUUGCCAUCUUUGCUCUCUUUCUCCCCGAGACGAAGGGUCUUCCUCUGGAGGAGAUUGCGGCACGUUUUGGAGAUCCCGUCACCUCUCACUUCGAUGCCCAAGUCCAGGUGAUCAACGGAGAAGAUGACCUUCAGAAUUUGUCCCCGAGCCCUCCAGCCGAAAAGGCUAGCACCUAG